AUUCCUAUUUUUAACAAUCACCUUGUUUCUUUUUUUGUUUUAAAGCUUACCAUUAGUCUGGUUAUCAACCGGUUAAAUCAACUAAUAAUCACGUGAUAUUUAUGGCUGAUAUUUAUGUUGACUGAUUAUAUUUCCUGUCAGCUUUUCUAGAGUCUCCUAUUGGUAAAUUGUUAUGCGAUAAUUCAGCUGGUUAUUCUUAUAUACAGAAAUUCGUAAUUUAUAAUUUCACAAUACAGCUUGUGUGUUAUGUGGAAUCAUGUACAUAUGAAGCUGACAAAAAGACGUACAGUCAUGACGAGAUGGGCGCGAGGUAAAUCCAACACGGAACAUUCUGCGUCAACAUGGGAUGAACUGAAGAGGGUGAAGACUAAUUUUAAAAAGAAAGCGAUCAGCAAAGGCAGUGAUGGAGACACUCAUAAACAUUCCGACGCCAUACCACCCUGGCUUGCGAAACGAAGGGAAGCAAGAAGAAACAGAAGAAAGAAAAUGAAGCCAUGUUUCCACUGUCGACAACCUGGGCACCAGAUCUCUGAUUGUCCGAAAAGAAUCGAGCAAGAAGAAGCAGUGGGUGUAUGUUUUAAAUGUGGAUCCAGUGAACAUACUGUGCAUGAAUGUACAGCCAAAGUGGAGAAAGGCGAGUAUCCGUUUGCAAAAUGUUUUAUCUGCAAAGAAACUGGCCAUUUAUCGAGCAAGUGUCCCGAUAACCCACGUGGUUUGUACCCGGAAGGUGGAGGGUGCAAAUUUUGUGGUUCAGUCGAACAUUACAGAAAAGAUUGCCCUGAACGACAAAUUAAUCAAAAAGAUGCUGGUGGCAAGAAAAGGAAAUACAAGAUGCGACAAGAAAAUCAGAGUGCUGACGCUGUCGACAUAUCAGACGAAGAUUCAUCUGAAGAAGACGUCAAACAGAAAGUGAAAACAAAAAAAGUCGUCAAGUUUUGAAAUACUGAAAAGUUUUUUAGAUGUCGGCUGUUCUAACGGUUGAACGAAGUCGAACAUGUUUAUGCGUGUAGUUGUUUUCGGUUGCCGGUAAAAAGUCACUACAACACGUAACCUGGAAUGGGAUACAACAGACAGAAUCCACUGAUACCAGGGACUGAAAGUGAAAAAUUAUCCAUCCCAUUCCAUCAUUCCAUCAUGCUGUUGGUAUGCAGAGACGUUAAAUGUGUAUCUGCAUUUAGCUGCUUUUUCGCUAACACUACACGUAGUAGUCAUGACAUUAAUUUAUAUGUGAGGUGAAGUUGCGUUUGUUUGGAAGUUCUCCUCCGUCAGCUGAUAUUCAAGUUCUCCUCCGUCAGCUUAUACUUAUUCACCCGCCUUAACUGUUGCUCCAUACUUAAUAUGUUGUCACUCAGUGCUGACGAGAGUUUUGUUGAUGCUUGAUCAUUUGUGAUUUUGUCACCUGACUAUAAGUUUUUUAAAAAUUUCUAAACCAGAGAAAUCUUGAGAAUGACCAAUGUUUUCAGCACCAAAAAAUUCACUACUUUCAGCUGAUAUAGUAGUCUGUCUGUCUGUCACUCAAAAUAGUAGGUUAGCUGCGUAAGUAGCGAGACACACGCGAUGCCGUAUAAAAAGGGCGGGCAAAUCCGGAAUUUUUCCACGGGCUACGACUAGUUAUUAAUAAUUCGCUAAUUAAAAAGUUGAAUGUAAUUGCAAGAAAUAUGUCACAUCGUUCUUGUAGAGAUUCCAGGAGUUGGGUUAUUAAGCUACUAUCGUAUAUUUGGUAUAUAUUAUGAUAUAAAAAGACAAAAAAAGUCAUAUUCUUGGUAAACGUUUUUGAAAAUAAACUGAGAAGUGUCGAACAAAAAAUUUUUCUUAUGUUGUCUCUUCUUGCAGUUAUCUUUUUUUUGCUUUGAAAGCGUGUCUUUUUCAAUAUUUGUAACAAAUAAAUUUUUUGUUUCUUGCUCUUAUUGUUUGUACAGAACUGAAGUUGCUUAAGAAUUUUUUAAAUCCA